ACCGCCCAUUCCUUAAUCUUAAACAUUUUCUCUUUGCACGUUCAAUGUACAUACCCCCACUUGUCAUUGAAAACCAGGGGACAAGUGCCUCUCACCGCUUUUUUUCCCAGUUUCCUAGAUAACAAUUUCCUAUGGCUUUCAUUUUCAUCCUCCUAUAUAAGAAAGUGCCACUAACACUUCAUUUUCAUCCAAUAUCACAAGCAAAUUAAAAAUCAAAUUAAACACCCAUUUUUUCAAGAUUCAAGGAGAAGCAGCAGCAAAAUGAGUUCAUCAAGAAGAGCUUGGAUAGUGGCAACAAGCAUUGGAGCAGUGGAGGCAUUAAAAGAUCAAGGUUUUGCUAGAUGGAAUUAUACAAUGAGGUUAUUACAUCAACAUGCCAAGGCUAAUCUCAUGAGGCCUUAUUCUCAUCAAGCUAAGAGAGUCUCUGGUGGACAAUCUUCGAAACUUGUGUCAAAUAAAAUGCUAAGGGAGCAGAAAUUGAAACAAUCUGAAGAGUCUUUGAGAAAUGUCAUGUACUUGAGCUGUUGGGGACCUAAUUGAUACUGUCAAUCUGAUUAUCUGUAAAUAUUGAUGAUCACGAUAAAUCACUUGAAUGUUGUCUUAAAUGUUGUUGCCUUUUAGUUUCUCCUUGAUUAAUUUUAUCCUAAUUAAUCUCUCA